UUGAUUACCUUAAUUGGGUCUCAGAGUGAGCAUGCCCUUGAGCAUUGAAAGGGAAGCAAGAAAAAAAACAGACAGAAGAGUGAGACAACAAAGAGCAGGGGAGAGGCAGAGGGGGCCGCCUCAUUAUUCAGUAAAAUGUCUUAAUUGUUUGACUUUAUCUCGUCACCCCCCCUUUUGAGUGGGCCGCUGAUGAGUGACUGCUCAUUGAAACCGAUUAACAAAGCAGACUGGAAAGUCCCCAACACUUGGGGGGAAUCUCUAUUGUCCCUUGAGCGCGUCAAUUGGGAGUCGUUGAGUCGGUGAAUGCUCAUUCGAGGGGGGAUUUCAUCACACUUGUAGUUUCUAUGAAAUAAUUUUAGAAAAUAAGCUGCAUGUCUUGAGUUUUCGGGAUGCUCUGAUAAAUGAAUAAAAAAAAAAAAAAAAACACUUCAACACACCUUCAGACUCCCCAGACUGCUGAUCAGCUAAACUUUUGUAGGCGACAAGACACUGCAGCUAACUCUCAGCACCACAACCGCUUCCUGCCUUUGAUGCGUAAGAGCUCUCGGCGCAGGAUGGCAGAGGCGCUGCUCCGGUGCACUUCCCAUGCUUUGCGAUGAGAUUUAAAACAAACCUCUGCGUGCCGACACGUUUUACCCGCUGCUAGAAGAAGAGCUGUUGUUGGCUGGAUUUUGGGAGGACUCCAGACAUGGUAGAGGAGAGGAUGGGGGACUGUUGGAGCCACACCAAGGAUCAGUUUGACAACUUGGAGAAGCACACGCAGUGGGGCAUCGAGUUCGUGGAGAAGUACACCAAAUUUGUCAAGGAGAGAUCGGAGAUUGAAACCAGCUAUGCAAAACAAAUUAGGAAUUUAUCGAAGAAAUAUCAGCCCAAGAAGAACUCACGAGAAGAGGAGGAGAGCAAGUACAGCUUCUGUCGAGCCUUCCUGACGACGCUUAAUGAGUUAAACGACUACGCGGGUCAACACGAGGUCAUAGCGGAGAACCUGACGUCUCAAAUCAUCGCAGAGCUCACCCGCUACCUGCAGGAACUCAAGUCUGAGAGAAAAUCGCAUUUCCAUGAUGGACGUAAGGCACAGCAGCACAUCGAGAGCUCGUGGAAACAGCUGGAAUCGUGUAAAAGAAAGUUCGAGCGGGAGUGCAAAGAGGCCGACAGAGCGCAGCAAUACUUUGAGAAGAUGGAUGCUGACAUUAACGUGACGAAGGCCGACGUGGAAAAGGCAAGACAGCAAGCUCAGAUGAGACACCAGAUGGCGGCUGACAGCAAAGGCGAAUACUCCUCCUACCUGCAAAAGUUCAACCAGGAGCAGAAUGAUCAUUACUACAUAAUUAUCCCCAACAUAUUCCAGAAACUGCAAGACAUGGAGGAGAAACGAAUUGACAGGAUAGGAGUGUGCAUGAAGACGUUUGCGGAUGUGGACCGCCAAGUUCUGCCCAUCGUGGGAAAGUGUCUAGAUGGCAUGACCGCAGCUGCAGAGUGCAUCGAUCCCAAGGCUGACUCGAAGCAGGUGGUGGAGUCCUACAAGUCCGGGUUCGAGCCCCCGGGAGACGUGGAGUUCGAGGACUACGGCCAGGCCAUGAAGAGGACGGUGUCCGAGACCAGCCUGUCCAACUCCAAGGAGGCGAAAGAGAAGCCGGCCGGCAAGAGCAAGGGCAAACUGUGGCCUUUCAUUAAGAACAAGAACAAGCUUAUGUCCCUGUUAACGUCCCCCCACCAGCCCCCACCUGCCCCCCCAGCCUCAUCCCCGCCCUCACCCUCUGCUGUUCCCAACGACCCCCAGUCUCCCAAGCAGCAAAAGGAGCCCCUCUCCCACCGCCUCAACGACUUCAUGACCUCCAAACCCAAAAUGCACUGCCUCCGGAGCCUGAGGCGAGGGCUUUCUCUCAAGCUGAUCACACUCAAUUCCCACGUCCGGAAUCUCAUUGAGGGUUCUGGACCGGAGGACUUCAGUCACCUGCCACCAGAGCAGAGGAGGAAGAAGCUGCAGGGCAAGAUCGACGAGCUGAACAAGGACAUACAAAAAGAGAUGGACCAGAGAGACGCUUUAACUAAGAUGAAAGACGUAUACGUGAAGAACCCUCAGAUGGGAGACCCGGCCAGCGUAGACCCGCGGCUAGCGGAGAUAGCCCAGAACAUCGAGAAGCUCCAAGCCGAAAUGCAGAAGUUUGAGGGCUGGUUGGCCGAGGUGGAGGAGAGGAUGCCGUCGAAGAGCGAUACCCACCGGAGGAGCGGACUCUACGAGACCCAGAACAACACGGCAGUGAGCAACAACAACUGUGCGCAGGACAGAGAGAGGCCCCUGAGCAGCCCGGACGGCAGCUACACGGAGGAGCAGAGUUCAGAGAUUCAGGUCAAAGUCAACGUAGCCCCCAACCCCAACCCCAACCCCGUCCCCACCUCCUCCACGCCGGAGUUCGACGACGAGUUCGACGACGAGGAGACCCUGCCCACCAUCGGCACCUGCAAAGCCUUGUACCCCUUCGAAGGUCACAACGAGGGCACCAUCUCCGUGGCCGAGGGCGAGCUGCUGUACGUCAUAGAGGAAGACAAAGGAGACGGAUGGACGCGAGUGCGGAGGAACGAGGACGAGGAGGGAUACGUCCCCACAUCCUACGUCGAGGUCUUUUUGGAGACGAAUGCCAAAGGCCAUUGGUAAAGGAAUAGAGGAGUUAGCUGUGCUAGGACACAUGAUUCCUAAAAAGCGCGAGGCUGGCUGAGGAAGUGGCAGGGCAAGCAGCCUCGGAGACAAACCGCACCGCUCCUCUCACGCUCACGAGAAAGCGAUCGAUGACCUGAAUCUAAACGAGACAGCCGGGCCGAUUUGAACACAGCAGAAUUUUACAAACAAAACAAAACAAAACAAAACAAAAAAAAAUAAUAAUAAAAAAAAAAAUACUAUCGGAAGCUUCCUGCGCAGAGCUCUGCGACGUGAAGCGGCGAAUAAAGAGAUCUAAAUUUCAGCGCUCAUAACUUCUCCUCCAUUCUUAACCCCCAUUCAGCAUCCACACUAUUUGCUUUCUGUUGUUUUCAGCUUUGUGCUUCUUAAUGUAACUAACUACGCUUGCGCAACGCGCGGUUCAUGAACGCACCCCUCCGGCUCUGCCGCCUUCUCUUUUUAUUUUUUUGCCUUUAUUCCGUGACACAUAAACACACAAACACAUAUAUACAUACACAUAUAUAUACGGCAGAGGAUGUGGUCAGAGACAGGAAGGAGACCAGCAGGUGUGUGGUCAUCUGUGGCUCAUCUACAUUCACCGCUUCAAAUCAGCUUUACAGGUUUGACUGGAACCGGAAGAAGGUGCUAACCAUUAACCAUCUACACGCACGGCCGCCGCUUGUUGUCGUCUCACGUCUCCUGUGUCAUCUUCUCCUCACCAUGAUCACACAUAUCCAGGAUCAGCUGGAGGGAAAAGCGAUGCAUGAUCACCACCGUCACCGACUCCUCCCCACUGGUCGUCUCUUCCUCUCUCUGACCACACCCUCCCUCCCUCCUCUCCCUUCCCGUCUCCCACCGUCCCCCUGUCCUCCCUCCAUGGCUGCUUCGAGCCUUUUUUUUGUUUUGUUUUGUUCUCUUUUUGUGUUAUCGCUGUAGCAGCUCAGGGCGGGGGUCUCUCAGCGUUGUGGUGUGCUGCAUGCUUGCCCUGUCUUCCUCCUCGCCCCUCUGCUGGCAGCGCGUAGGAAGAGCCUUUGUGUUCAGUUAACCCUCAUUGCCUGGUCAUGAAUUAACCUGAAUGCUACUGUUUGGGUUCGGUGCCUGUGGCUCUUUUUUUUUUUUUUUUUUUUUUUAUUGUUGUUAUUAUUAUUUUUUAUUAUUACUGUUGUUCUGAAAGCACGUCUCCCUGUUUUCUAACGGCAGAGUCUGCUCCUCCCAGUGUUCCCAUUUUUUUAUUUUUUUUUUUUUAAAAAAGGAUGUUAGGGACCCGAAAUGUUGCUUCUCUGAACGAUCUCAUGCUACAAUAGGUCAAGGAUGUCUUGUGCUUUUGAAUUUAAGUACAGUGUGUGUGUAAAACUAUUAGUAUGUUUUGAUCAGAGUGUCUAACGUAAGUCGUUUGUUAGUUUACAGCCGUGGAAAUGUCUCCACUUGGUCCAAGCAGCAAAAUAAAAACCUGUGAUGUUUUUUUUUUCUUUUUCUUUUUUUAAUUAUUUUUUUUUAACACAGUCCUAUUACUGUAUAUGGAAAUAUACUGUGACCCACAUUUUCUCCCUGUGACUGAAAUGUGACGACAUGUAGAUCAUCACCGGGUUUGCGUUCUAACUGAGAAAUAAAUAAGAACAACGUCAGCUGUGGUAUGAGGACGAAGGUUAUCUCAAAAGUUUUUAUAAUCACUGUUAAGAUAAAUUAUGUCCACCCCCUCCACCCCCGUUCAAUGGCACAUAAUGAUUUCAACAUUUAUCUUUUAUAUUUGAUUUCUUUUCUUUCUUUCUUUUUUUGAGCUGGAAAGUUGUAUCGUUGCUUAUUCCGUCUGAAUGGGACUGAAAUCCUAAGAAAGCUUUGCGUUAGGGAUGAAGCCAUCGUUGAAUAUUCACCGUCUACUGCUAGAGGUUCAUGAACAGGGGGGGGAAUCGACGGACGACGUGCUGAUCAUUUGGACUCUUGAUGGAAGGAAUGAUCGAAUCCCUGCUGAAUCGAGUGUCACGGGCCUCCUCCCCCCUCCCCUUCCCCCUCCCCAUCGCUCGUCGAGAUAUCAAGCCCCGUUUUUUAUUUGCUCGUUAAAUUGAGUGAUAACCGAUCAAACCGAUGAUGAGGCUUCAGCAGCAGCAGCAGCUUUUUGUUGUGUCUGGCCACCGCUCUGAGACGAGAGCACCGCCACAAACCUUCUAGCCCCAGAUUAACCUGCCUGUACAGUGGAAACGGCGCGGAAUCAGAGAGAAUAUAUAUGAAUAUAUAAAUAAAGUUUAAAAAGGAAAAAACAUCUAUUUUAACUAUUGAGAGUCUUACCGUUACUUUAUCUGCUUUGCAAAGUAAGACUUCUUUUUUUUUUUUCCUUUGUCAGGUCUACCAAAUGGUGUGUUUUUGCACUUUUUCGUUUGUGUUCCGUUUGGUAGCCCAUGCUUGUGUUUUUGGAGCACUGAAUACUUUGUAAUGUGUUUACUGUGCCAAUUAAAUAUGCCUGGAAAGUAAA